UUUGAUAGCCUCACACACACACAAACACACACUAAAAUAUUAAGAACACAAAAAAAAAAAAGAAGAAGAAGAAAAAGAGCCUAUUUUUAUCAAACCUGAAGCUCACACUUGUUGAGGCUAAGAGGUCGAAGUAAUGGCGAAGCCCAUCUCUAUUGAAGUGUGGAAUCCCAGCGGAAAAUACAGAGUGAUCAGCACCAAGCCCAUGCCCGGCAGCCGUUGGAUCCGUCUCCUCACCGACCAAGAUUGCCGCGUCGAGAUAUGCACUGAGAAGAAGACCAUUUUGUCAGUUGAGGAUAUCCUGGCACUCAUUGGUGACAGAUGUGAUGGGGUGAUUGGGCAGUUAACAGAGGACUGGGGGGAGGUUCUGUUCUGUGCACUGAAGAGAGCAGGCGGGAGUGCUUUCAGCAACAUGGCUGUUGGUUACAACAAUGUCGACGUCGGUGCCGCUACCAAGUACGGAAUUGCGGUCGGAAACACCCCGGGAGUUCUUACGGAAACGACUGCAGAAUUAGCUGCAUCACUUUCUCUGGCGGCGGCGAGAAGAAUAGUUGAGGCAGAUCAGUUCAUGAGAGCAGGCCUCUAUGAUGGAUGGCUUCCCCAUCUGUUUGUCGGAAAUCUGCUGAAGGGACAGACUGUCGGAGUUAUUGGGGCCGGUCGUAUCGGAUCAGCGUAUGCCAGGAUGAUGAUUGAGGGUUUCAAGAUGAACCUCAUAUACUACGAUCUGUAUCAAGCAACACGACUCGAGAAAUUCGUUACAGCAUAUGGGCAGUUUCUGAAAGCAAAUGGUGAGCAGCCUGUUACAUGGAAAAGGGCUGCCACAAUGGAGGAUGUUCUGCGCGAGGCCGACGUGAUAAGUCUGCAUCCGGUUCUCGAUAAAACUACAUAUCAUCUUAUAAACAAGGACAGUCUGGCCAUCAUGAAGAAGGAGGCAAUUCUCGUGAACGCGAGCAGAGGACCAGUAAUCGACGAAGCGGCCUUGGUGGAACACCUGAAAGUAAACCCUAUGUUCCGCGUCGGGCUCGACGUCUUCGAGGACGAACCGUACAUGAAACCUGGACUAGCUGACCAGAAGAACGCCAUCGUAGUACCGCACAUUGCAUCUGCCUCGAAGUGGACGCGCGAAGGAAUGGCAACGCUUGCUGCUCUGAAUGUUCUGGGUAAGAUCAAAGGAUACCCGAUAUGGGCCAACCCCAAUAAUGUUGAGCCUUUCUUGGAUGAAACCGGUCCGGCUCCAGCGGCUUGUCCAAGCAUUGUGAAUGCGAAGCAACUCGGUUUGACUGCUUCCAAGCUGUAAGGGACUGAUGGCUAGAUUAUGCAGAAGAUAAAAAAGAGGCAAAGAGCAUCAUACUAUGUUGAUCUUGUGCAGAAUAAGUUGCGCCUUUUCGGUUAAUUUCUGCGAGUAAUUCGUGACUUUGUAUAUUGAAUUCCAUUAUAUGAAUGUUACUUAAUUACAUAGUAAGUACAUAUAUAAAUUGAGCAUGCAUUGUUUUGCUUCACCUAAUAUGAUAGAAAUGUUUAAGUCA